GAGAUCCUAAGAAGCCGAGAGGCAAAAUGUCAUCAUAUACAUUCUUUGUGCAAACUUGUCGGGAGGAGCACAAGAAGAAGCACCCAGAUGUUUCAGUCAACUUCUCAGAGUUUUCUAAGAAGUGCUCGUUAUGAAAGAGAAAUGAAAACCUAUAUCCCUCCUAAAGGGGAAACAAAAAAGAAGUUCAGGGAUCCCAAUGCAUCCAAGAGGCCUCCUUCAGCCUUUUUCUUGUUCUGUUCUGAGUAUCACCCCAAAAUCAAAGGAGAACAUCCCGGCCUAUCCAUUGGUGAUGUUGCAAAGAAGCUGGGAAAGAUGUGGAAUAACACUGCUGCGGAUGACAAGCAGCCUCAUGAAAAGGAGGCUGCAAAGCCGAAGGAAAAAUAUGAAAAGGAUAUUGCUGCCUACCGAGCUAAAGGAAAGCCUAAUACAGCGAAAAAGGGAAUCGUCAAGGCUGAAAAAAGCAAGAAAAAGAAGGAAGAGGAGGAAGAUGAGGAAGAUGAAGAGGAGGAGGAAGAUGAAGGAGAAGAUGAUGAUGAAUAA